GGCGUCUCUCGUUACGGUGGCGGCCGCCCGCUUCCCUUCGCGGCGCUGGGAGAACUCGCGGAAAGACUUCGGAGGAGAGAAUGUCUGUUUUCCUGUCGAGAGGGAGACGGCUGUUUUAACAUGGUAUGGCCUCACAAGUCUUGGUCUACCCACCAUAUAUUUAUCAAACUCAGUCAAGUGCCUUUUGUAGUGUGAAGAAACUCAAAGUAGAGCCAAGCAGUUGUGUAUUCCAGGAAAGAAACUAUCCGCGGACCUAUGUGAAUGGUAGAAACGUUGGAAAUUCUCAUCCUCCCACGAAGGGUAGUGCUUUUCAGACAAAGAUACCAUUUAACAGACCUCGGGGACACAACCUUUCAUUGCAGACAAGUGCUGUUGUUAUAAAAAACACUGCGGGUGCUACAAAGGUUAUAGCAGCUCAGGCGCCGCAAACUCAAGUGGAGGCACCUCAGGUUGGGGCGUGGCGGCACAGGUUCAGUUUCCUGGAAGGCCCCCAGCGAUGUGGAUUGAAGCGCAAGAGUGAGGAGUUGGAUAAUCAUAGCAGCGCAAUGCAGAUUGUCGAUGAGGUGUCCAUACUUCCUGCAAUGUUGCAAACCAACAUGGGGAAUCCAGUGACAGUUGUGACAGCUGCCACAGGAACCAAACAGAAUUGCACCACUGGAGACGGCGACUAUCAGUUAGUACAGCAUGAAGUCUUAUGCUCCAUGAAAAAUACUUACGAAGUCCUUGAUUUCCUUGGUCGAGGCACUUUUGGCCAGGUAGUCAAAUGCUGGAAAAGAGGGACAAAUGAAAUUGUAGCAAUCAAAAUUUUGAAGAACCACCCUUCGUAUGCACGUCAGGGUCAGAUAGAAGUGAGCAUAUUAGCAAGGCUCAGUACUGAAAAUGCUGAUGAAUAUAACUUUGUACGAGCUUACGAAUGCUUUCAGCACCGUAACCAUACUUGUUUAGUCUUUGAGAUGCUGGAACAAAAUUUGUAUGACUUUCUGAAACAAAAUAAGUUCAGUCCCCUGCCACUAAAAGUCAUUCGACCCAUUCUUCAGCAAGUGGCUACUGCACUGAAAAAACUGAAAAGUCUUGGAUUAAUUCAUGCAGACCUCAAACCAGAGAAUAUUAUGUUGGUGGAUCCUGUUCGACAGCCAUACAGGGUUAAAGUAAUAGACUUUGGGUCAGCCAGUCACGUGUCAAAGACUGUUUGUUCAACAUAUCUGCAAUCUCGGUACUACAGAGCUCCAGAGAUUAUAUUGGGGUUGCCAUUUUGUGAAGCCAUAGACAUGUGGUCACUGGGAUGCGUGAUUGCAGAAUUAUUCCUUGGAUGGCCUCUCUACCCAGGAGCCUUGGAGUACGACCAGAUUCGAUACAUUUCUCAGACUCAAGGUUUACCAGGAGAACAGCUGUUAAAUGUGGGUACAAAAUCCACAAGAUUUUUUUGCAGAGAAACAGAUCUCUCCCAUUCUGGUUGGAGAUUAAAGACACUGGAAGAACAUGAGGCAGAGACAGGAAUGAAGUCUAAAGAAGCCAGAAAGUACAUAUUCAACAGCCUGGAUGAUAUAGUGCAUGUGAACACAGUGAUGGACUUGGAAGGAAGUGAUCUUUUGGCUGAGAAAGCUGAUAGAAGAGAGUUUGUUGGUCUGUUGAAAAAAAUGUUGCUGAUUGAUGCAGAUUUAAGAAUUACUCCAGCUGAGACUUUGAACCAUGCUUUUGUUAAUAUGAAGCAUCUUCUUGAUUUCCCUCAUAGCAACCAUGUAAAGUCCUGUUUUCAUAUUAUGGAUAUUUGUAAGUCCCAUCCAAAUUCAUGUGAUGCAAAUAAUCACAAUAAAACUUCACUUUUACGACCAGUUGCUCCAAGCAGUACUACUAAUCUGGCAGCAAAUUUUACUAAAAUUGGCACAUUAAGAAGUCAGGCUUUAACCACAUCUGCUCAUUCAGUCGUGCACCAUGGGAUUCCUCUGCAGGCCGGAACCGCUCAUUUUGGUUGUGGUGAUGCUUUUCAGCAGACACUGAUUAUCUGUCCCCCAGCUAUUCAAGGUAUUCCUGCAACACAUGGUAAACCCACUAGUUAUUCAAUAAGGGUAGAUAAUACAGUUCCCCUUGUAACUCAGGCCCCAGCCGUGCAGCCACUACAGAUCCGACCAGGAGUUCUUUCUCAGCAGACAUGGUCUGGUAGGACACAGCAGAUGUUGAUACCUGCCUGGCAACAGGUAACACCCCUGGCUCCUGCUACUACUGCAUUAGCUUCUGAGGGUGUGGCUGGUUCACAAAGGCUCGGAGACUGGGGGAAAAUGAUUUCACACAGCAGUCAUUAUAGCUCAGUGAUGCCACAACCUCUUCUAACUAAUCAGAUCACUUUAUCAGCCCCUCAGCCAAUUAGUGUGGGCAUUGCACAUGUUGUUUGGCCUCAGCCAGCCACUACCAAGAAAAAUAAACUGUGCCCGAACAGGAGUAAUUCAUUGCAGAAUACCAAUAUCCCACAAUCAGCAUUUAUUUCCCCAAAGACAGUAACUGGGAAAGAUGUCGAGGAAGUAAGUUGUAUAGAAACACAGGACAAUCGUAACUCAGAAGGAGAGGCAAGAAAUUGUUGCGACACGUCUAUCAGGCAAGACUCUGAUUCAUCAGUUUCAGAUAAACAGCGGCAAACCAUCAUCAUUGCUGACUCCCCGAGUCCUGCAGUGAGUGUGAUCACCAUCAGCAGUGACACCGAUGAGGAAGAGACUUCCUCGCAGAGACAUUCACUCCGAGAAUGUAAAGGUAAUCUGGACUGUGAAGCUUGCCAGAGCACUUUGAACAUAGAUCGGAUGUGUUCAUUAAGUAGUCCAGAUAGCACUCUGAGCACCAGCUCCUCGGGGCAGUCCAGCCCAUCCCCUUGCAAGAGACCGAACAGUAUGUCAGACGAAGAACAAGAAAGUGGUUGUGAUACUGUGGAUGGCUCUCCAACAUCAGACUCUUCAGGACAUGACAGUCCAUUUGCAGAGAGCAGUUUUGUGGAGGACACUCAUCAAAACUCAGAAUUGGUAACUUCUACUGACACAGAAACCAAACCAGCUGUUUGUACUGUUGUGGUGCCACCAAUGGGACUGGAAAAUGGAUUAAAUGCCGAUGAGCAUAUGGCAAACACAGAUUCUAUAUGCCAGCCAUUAAUAAAAGGACGAUCUGCCCCUGGAAGAUUAAACCAGCCUUCCACAGUUGGUAAUCGUCAGCAAAAAUUGACAUCAGCAUUCCAGCAGCAGCAUUUGAAUUUUAGUCAGGUUCAGCACUUUGGGUCUGGGCAUCAGGAGUGGAAUGGAAACUUUGGACAUCGAAGGCAGCAAGCUUAUAUCCCUACUAGCGUUACCAGUAAUCCUUUCACUCUUUCUCAUGGAAGUCCUAAUCACACAGCUGUACACGCCCAUCUGGCUGCAAGUACGCACCUCGGAGGACAGCCUACUCUACUUGCAUACCCAUCAUCAGCUCCCCUCAGUAGUGCCGCGCCAGUGGCCCACCUCUUAGCCUCUCCAUGUACCUCAAGACCUAUGUUACAGCAUCCGACUUACAAUAUCUCCCAUCCCAGUGGCAUAGUUCACCAAGUCCCAGUGGGCAUAAACCCCCGUCUGUUACCAUCCCCAACCAUUCAUCAGACUCAGUACAAACCAAUCUUCCCACCACAUUCUUACAUUGCAGCAUCACCUGCAUAUACUGGAUUUCCAUUGAGUCCAACCAAACUCAGCCAGUAUCCAUAUAUGUGAAAAUUCACAAGCGUAUAUUGAGGAAGCUCAAUGAUAUAAACAUUUGAUUAAAAAUAAAACAUGGUAUUUAAUAAAUAUUAGCCAUGGCACAAGAAAAUUAUUUUUGAAUCAUGUAGACUUGGGUGCAAUUUAAACAACUUUGAGCUUUAAAAAAGAAACUCACUUUUAAUGUGUUUUGCACAUUUGGUAUAACUUGUCUUUGGUCAUGUUAUCUUCUUAUGUUGUAACUCUAGACAGGUGACUUAUGGGAGCAGAAGUCCAGUUUUUGCUCCCGCUAUUUUUUAUAAAAUUGCCUUCUAACUAGUGCAAGACACGUCCAUAUUUGGGAAGCCAUUCUGUGUACAGACUUAGAGCAACAGAUGCACAUACGUCAAGUCAGAAUUACAGCAUACAAGUGAAUUGUAUUAUCUGUGUCUUAGUGUAUAAAUGUUGGGUCACUUACCUAAGAAACUGAGCUAUUGUUCUUUACAUUUGCAUGUGUCUUUGCAUGGGCAAAAUGUUGCCUAGACUUUGCUCUUAAAUGUUGUUCUAAUAAUCUCAGCUGCAUUGUAAACCGUUCCCACACAUAGUGCCUUAAAUAUUUGAGGUUGUUAAUGUUAUUACUAUAUAUAAAUGUUGAGGACUGCAGCACUUAAAAAUUCAGACUUACUCUUUAGUUUCCUUUGAUAGAGUAAUGUUCAUUUUUGGUUUUGUGUGGUAUGAUUUCAGGUUGUAGCUAUUUUUCCUUACUAAGAGGGCAGCAUGUUUGCAAUAGCUGAAUUCUGCUGUCUGACUUUUGCAGAAUGAUCUAGCUUCAAGAAAAGCAAGCAGGUAGUAGUGCUUAAGAAAAAUUGAUUCAGUAUCUAAUGAAUAGUUGAUAUCUGUCACAACACAGCAUUUUAUAUACUGUUAAGUGAAACUGCAGUACAAUCUAAGUUUAUUUGGGGAGUGUUUGCUGUAUAAUUGGAUUUAAUGAAAUGUUUAGAGAUGCAGUAGGCAUGACUUUGAGUAGAUAAUGAAAGAAAAUGCAAAAUGCUCAUUGAUUCAUGAUGUGGUUUCAUCCUAGCUUGGGCAAACCAUGCAGUAUUUAAUAAAUAGUAGCAGAAUAUUUACUAUUGAAGCUUGAAAA